AUGCUCUUUGUUAAUGUAGUUUUAGCCCGCAACCGUAACAACACUUUGAUUUGUCCAAAUCACAAAACUGAUUCAGAAAUUCUUGCUUUAUUACCAUUUCGACUACAAAUAGCCUCUAAUGAUUAUAGUCAAUCAAGUGCAGCUCAAAGUAGUAAAAAUGAAGUUAUUGGACUACAUAUCCAGAGAGAAACAUCAUCGCCAAUUAUUUUCUGUUUCAAAAAUUUAUAUUUUCUACAAAUAUCAUUCACAAAUCUCUCCGAUGAAUAUUAUCCAUCAAGAUAUCACAAUAAACUAAGUCAAACUGAAAUGAAAAAUAGUCGAAAAUAUUCGUCAUUAUUAAAAUUACACAUUGGUAAAUUAAAGUUAACAUUAAACGUUCUAUCUCUCUUCAAUAUUCCCUUUGAUCAUGUACCAUCUGAAAUAAUAAGAUUAAAAAAUUUAACUACUCUUCGUAUUGAACAUGCUGGUUUAAAACAUCUACCAUCUUCGAUUUCCGAACUACAAGAACUGAAAGAACUAUAUUUAGCAGUAAAUAAAAUUAGCUCAUUACCAUCUGAAAUUGUGUUGUUGAAAAAAUUAAAAUUGUUAGAAAUCUCGUAUAAUCUCAUCUAUGAAAUGGAACUAGUAUUAUCUUUAACAACAUUGUUUAUUAGCGGUUUAAAAUUAAAAAUGUUACCAUAUUUUCCAUUGUUAUUGAAUUUAUCUAUGACUGAUAGUAACUUAUCGUCACUUAAAAACUUUCAACUAUCUCCAUCGUUAACAUUUUUAGUACUAACACAAAAUAAUUUUCAUGGAAAAAUUCCAGAUGAAAUAUUAUCAUUGACAAAAUUAGAACAACUCUAUUUACAUCUGAAUUCAAUCACUGAUCUAUCGGGUAUCAGCAGAUUAAAAAUGUUAAAACAAUUAAAUUUACGAAAUAAUAAAUUGAAUACAGUGUCCUCAGAAAUUAUGCAGUUAAAUCAAACAUUAAAAUGGCUCAGUUUAGCGAAUAAUAAUUUGACAGUGUUACCUAAUGAACUCGUUCAUUUAAGAAAACUCGAACAUCUUUAUCUAUUUGGUAAUCAAUUUUCAUUUGAACAGAUAUUAAAGAUUCGAACCAUGUUUACAACCAAUAAGAAAAUUAAAAUUUAUUAUAAUAACUUUACGAAUUAA